AUGGAUCAUCGGAAACUAGGAAGCAUUUACCAGCCACAGAGGAAACUCAAAGUGAUCUGUAUCGGGGCAGGCGCUUCUGGUCUUCUGCUGGCCUACAAGAUCCAGCGCCACUUUGAUGAUUUCGAAUUGAAGAUCUUCGAGAAGAAUCCUGACGUUUCAGGAACUUGGUUCGAGAACAGGUACCCAGGAUGUGCCUGCGAUGUUCCAUCUCAUUGUUACACUUGGUCUUUCGAACCCAAAACCGACUGGAGUGCGAACUACGCUACUGCGAAAGAAAUUUUCGGCUACUUUAAAGAUUUUGCCGCAAGACAUGAGCUGGAAAAGUUCAUUGAGUUCCAGCACGAAGUUGUAGGAGCGCAGUGGGAUGAUGUUAUCGGAGAGUGGACUAUUCAAGUAAAAAACAACGCGGAUGGAACGAUCAAGACAGACUCCGCGCAUGUCUUGAUCAAUGCAGGAGGUAUUCUGAAUGCAUGGAGAUACCCUGCGAUUCCGGGUAUUCAGAGCUACAAGGGUGCCCUUGUUCAUUCUGCAGCAUGGCCCGAAGACCUCGACUUAUCUGGGAAGGUGGUCGGAUUGAUCGGGAACGGAUCAUCCGGGAUCCAGAUUCUACCAGCUAUCAAGUCCCAGGUCAAGGAGCUGGUCACCUUUAUUCGUGAAGCUACCUGGAUUUCCCCACCUAUCGGACAGGAGUACCAUGCCUAUACAUCCGAGGAGAGGGAGCGGUUCAAGGAGGACAGCCAGCAUCACCUCGACGUACGCAAAGCGUACGAAAACAGAAUGAACCACAAUUUUGGAAUAUUUCAUUCGGGAUCUGAUGAGCAGAAAAAUCUUCGAAAAUUCAUGUUAGGCCGGAUGAAGGAGAAGCUGCACGAUCCAGAGCUUGAAAAGCUUUUGAUUCCAGAAUGGGCUGUUGGGUGCCGACGCCUCACCCCUGGAACGGACUACCUCGAGUCACUAUCGGAUCCCAAUGUCAAGGUUGUGUAUGGGGAGAUUACUCAGAUCACCGAGACUGGGGUGAUUUGUGAUAAUGGCGCUGGAGAAUAUCCCGUGGAUGUUCUCAUUUGUGCCACAGGAUUCGAUACCACGUUCAAGCCCCGAUUCCCACUGGUGAAUGGCUUUGGUGAAGAUUUACGAGACCUUUGGCAAAAGGAGCCAGCUGCCUAUCUUGGAGUUACUGUGGAUAAGUUCCCGAACUACUUCUUUACUCUUGGACCAAACUCCCCCGUUGGAAAUGGCCCUGUACUCAUUGCGAUCGAAGCCCAAGUGGAAUAUAUCAUCAAAAUGCUGUCCAAAUACCAGAAGGAGAACUUAAAGUCGUUCUCGGUCACCAGUGAUGCAGUAGACGAUUUCAAUAACUGGAAAGACGAUUUUAUGAAAGACACCAUUUGGACCGAAGAAUGCCGUUCUUGGUACAAGGCAGGAUCAGCUGCAGGUAAAAUCCUCGCGCUCUGGCCAGGCAGCACCUUGCACUUUGUUGAAACGCUGAAGGAGCCACGAUGGGAAGACUGGGAAUUUACCCGUUCGGAGAAAACCAGAAACCGCUUCACUUAUCUGGGUAAUGGGCAUAGUUCUGCAGAGGGCCUGGGGGGUGACCUGAGCUACUACAUCCGGAACAAGGAUGACUCUCCCGUUGAUCCUAUCUUGAAGAAAUCGAAGCUCUGUAAGGAGUGA